AUGUCCACAAUCCCAUACCUCGCCGUCCCAAGCCUAACGCACGCCUCCCAAAGAACGCACAUCAACGCCGUCCAUCACAUUCUCGAAAAUGAAGGGAUUCUGCACGUACAGCUCGGCUUCCCAGAUGACAAGAGCUCUUAUAUCCAAGAACUGCUGUUAAACCUGCACAAAACCCACAACCAUGGCCUCCCUCUCACACACAGUGCCGAUCGUGGUUGGAUGUGGGAUAUUCGGCCAAGUUUGGAGAUGUUCCAGAGCAAUAACCACCAGGCCCGGUCAGAGACCAUGGAGCAGUUUCCCUGGCAUACAGACUGCAGCUAUGAGGGUCAACCACCGAGAUUCUUUGCCCUCCAAGUCCUGCAGCCAGACCAGUGUGGUGGGGGCACAUUAUCCGUGUUGAACGUCCCCCCAGAGUUCGUCAAGAACCCGAAUGAAAAGGCUAUCAUAGGCAACUUACUCACCAUGAAUGCCAACGGCAAGACCCAACUCCGAUUCAGAGAAGACAUCACCUCCGCCCUCUGUUCAGAAGCAGCAGAAGCAUUGCGAGAAUUUAAGUGUGUCCUCGGUGCUGCGACGAAACGGCAGAUCCUCAAUCUUACAGCGGAACGUUUACCCCGGGGAUCGAUUAUCAUGAUGGACAAUGGACGGUGGUUGCAUGCUCGCAAUGAAGUGAAAGAUCCGAAUAGGCAUCUGCGACGGGUUCGUUGGGAUGCACGGGAAUUCGCGAAUCCUCCGCAGCUGGGUCGGUGA